CUACACCAUUGCUGGCUAUGGUGGCUAUGUUCUAUACGAAUGGCUUGAGAUGCGUCGUGACAGAGUGCCAUGCAAAUUGGCAACGGAGUUGACGAUCCUGACCAGGCAACAGAAUAUCUAAACCUGACCUUAUGAUUAUCGGAUGACCAUCCUCCUCUAUACCGGAAACCCGAGUCAUUCAGAAUGGUUUAUGGAGGAAAGCCUAGUACCGGAUGCCAGAACUGCCGUCAAAGACGCAUAAAAUGCGAUGAGGCCCGUCCGCAUUGUAGGGCCUGUGUCCGGACUGGUCGGACUUGUCCCGGGUACCAACAUCCACUAGAUGUCGCGCUAAGAGGGCAGACAGCCUUCCAGCGCAAAAAGAAAGGUGUCCCAGGCAAGCAGUCUCCUGCUUCCAAGGCAGGCGUUCCAGCAAAGAGGCCUUCUCCAUCGGAGGACUCGGUAUCUACGACCGUUGAUAUUCCCCGUACGCCAGAGAGUCCUAUAUCUUCUGUUUCUACAAUUUCAACCCCUUAUGACUCCAUUGCCCAUACACCAGAGGUUUCCCGGUUGGUUCCUUCGGUUCCGGUCCUAAAUUUCAAUGUCUCUAUCUCUCGCAGUAUCUACUUGCCUAUGGAGGAUACGGUGAUUCCAUUGUUUUUCAAUUCAUACCUUUAUCUUCCCAAGGAUCCUCAAAUAAGCAAUGGCUUCCUGGAUCUUCUGCCUAAGUUCUACUCUGAGACUCAAGUUGGAUCGUCUGUGCAUCUGAGUUUACUCGCGGUUUCUGCCUUUUCCGUGGCUGCUUGGACAGGCGAGCGGAACUCGCUUCAGUUGGCUGAGCACUCGUUUCUCAGGGCCCUUCGGAAGACGCGUGAAAUGUUGCAGACAGAUAUUGAUGGGAAUUUGAACGAGGUCCUAUUAACUGUCCUUUUACUUUCACUAUAUGAGGAUUUUGUCUCUAAACGAGACCGGCAGCUUCCUCCUCGAGAUCACUUACGCGGAGCUAUCGCAUUGAUUAAUAGCAGGAGACCCGAACAAUUAGACUCGCCUUCAUGCAGAUUAUUGGCGGAUGGCGUUGAGCACGAAGUGAUACGAACCUCAAUGGGUUUAGCCCACCCAAUGGUCCCAACCCCAAAGGUCUGGCCACUCACUGCACCAAUAGCCCAGACUGCACCAGAACAGUUACAGGUGGCCUCAUCCGGACUGGUAAAUCUCCGUUUAGCAUGGGAGUCACUUGCGUCAAGACCUCCAUCACAAAUAAUCAGAUCUGAAAUACUGCACCUCAUGUCACAAGCCCAAGAAUUGGAUGUCAAACUUGUUGGCUGGGUUCAUACGGUACCGCCGAAUUGGCUUCCUAGUCCUGCAACUAUGAUACCCCAAUCCGUCCGCGCCGCAGGCGUCUUCAACGAUCGAUGUGAUUGUUACUCUGAUAUAUGGGUAGCAGCAACAUGGAAUUCGUAUCGCGACUCGCGUAUCGUUGUACAGAAGAUCAUUCUUAGCUGCCUACGCAUGCUCACCGACAAUGACACCAAUAUUCACAUCUCCCUGCCUUCAAACCAGACCAUCCUAACUUUGAAAACCACCGCCGAAGCCACCAUCCAAUCUCUCGCAAUGGACAUCUGCGCCUGCGUCCCCUUCUUCCUCGGUAGUCAGAUGGAAUCCGUCCAAUUGAACCCAUAUAAAGUCGAGUAUCCCGAGGCAGAAAGAAGAAUCGUCACACACGGACAUCAGCAGACAGCGCCGCUGCUGGGCGGGUGGUUUCUGAUAACAUUCUUGGGCAAUUUGUGUACGUCGGGGCUUUGUUUGAGUGAAGAGCAUUUGGUGUGGAUAAGGGGGCAGAUGCAGAGGAUUUUGCAAAUCUACAAUUUUGGAGCUACUGCACCUGUAUAGCCACCUUUCUUGGGAAUAUGUUCAUGUCUACCCUAAAGGUUCACUCGUUAAACACACUGCGAUCACAUAAUCCAUCGACUUAUCCCGAAGCACGAUGACACCAGCCAGCAGUUUCUAUAUCUCCCCCUUUUUCCAAGACAAGAUACACACCCGUAUACAUGUGCAACCGACAGGAAAGAGACUGCGAUUGC